AUGAAAGCCUUCACCGCCGCGGGCGAUCCCUCGCCGUGGCCACCGCCUGGCGGGUGGCUCUCCGGCCUCGUCUCCGGCGCCGGCCGCCUCCUCGCCGCGGUCCUCGACCCGGAGUCCUCCGCCUCCGACACCACGUCCUCCUCCCCGGAGUCGUCGCAAUCGCCACCGCGCCGCGAUCAGGCCACUGCCGAUCACGGUAUCGGGAAGUGUUUUCCUUCUGAGAAUCAUCUGUUAAAUUUGAGUGGCAAGGAGAUUGUUUUGAAAGAUUCUGGUGAAGGGUCACUUGCAAUUGUCUCAGAGAUAGAUCCAAAGGAUGCUGUAAAGCAGUUGCUUAUGCAGGAAACUUACUCACGGUCGGAGUGUGAUGCAUUAAUAAAGAUAAUUCAAGAGCGAGUUGUGGACUCAGACGAUGAACCUGCUGCUAUUCUUCCACUUGCUUGGCAGGCUAACACACAGCAACAUCCUGUUGCAUACUCUUCAAGCCCGAACACUGCUGUCCCUGCAGUUUCUAAUCCUGCUAAUUGUCCAGUGUUUGACAACAUUGUUGAGAAGGAAUGGCUGAAGAAAAGUUCAGCUGCUGCUGAAGGUCCUUGCACCAAUAGUCAUGACCGAAUUCAGCGUGCUGUGAAAAGAAGUUAUUCCCCAGGGGAUAUUUUUGAAGAUGCUCGAAGAAUCAGGCCAAAGCAAAACAAAUCAAAUUCUCUUAGGAAUCAUGGAGUUUCAUCCAAAGAGCCUACCGCCAAUGCUACUAAUGCACCGAGGGGGUUUCCAGAAGAUGUCAGGACGCUAUUUAAAGAUAUUCCCCUUCUUGGGACUAAUAACCUGACAUUUUCUGACUUGGCUUCAAAGGGUGUGUUCGAUGAUGAACCCUCUGCUGUAGCUGCUGCUGCUCAACACUUCACUUCAACCUCUUGUCAAGCUGACUGGGAUAAAUGUGGUUCUGGCAUGUCAUAUCCAUAUUCUAGUCGGAAUCAGCCGGAGAUGUCUCGUGUCAAGGCAGAACUUUUGGAUGAACCUGUCCCUCUUAAGACUGACAUGACGCAUCUGGUGCAAAAGAAUGACACACUCACAGUGCGCAAUGGCUCUGGUUCUGUCUCAAACAAAACUGUGUUUCAAGGUGACAUUGAGGCUGCACCGAGCUCAUCAAUGGACUUGCAGACAGAAAAGAGCUCCAGAAACUGCAGCAGGGGAUUCAACUUGCAGAACAGCAUUCCGACGAAGACAAGGUCACCUGCCAGAAGAACUCGUCCCUCAAACAACGGGAAGACCGUGAGAUCAUGGAAUGGGCCGCCACAGCAAAGGAACCCAGCGGCGGGUCAGGAAUCGGACACGGGCCGCGUUCAGGCGAAGAGGUCAGUUGGAAGGCCGAGGAAAGAGUGGAGGUGA